AUGGCAUACCUGCAGCGAAGGCAGCUCAUGGCCCUCUUGCUCGUGAGCCUCCUCGCGGGCGAGCAGGUUGCAGCUGUCUCUUCGCACGCCAAGACCAUUGGGAUCCUUGGGCUGGCGUUAUCCGCCCAAGGUGCCCGUAACGAGGGCAGCACGUUCUUCGAAAUGGAGAGUGCUGGCCGCCUAGUCAUGCACCAUGACCAUGCGAGAAAUUUGGAGCAUCACAACGCAACCCACGACCAUGCGCGAAGCCUGGCGCAUCACAACUCAACCACCAUGGAACCUGGUGACGCUUGCCAAGAAGAUGGCAAGGGCUGUGCAUACUGUGACGAACGCUGUCAGUCAGACAUGCUCACAAAGUUUAGCAACCAUAAGGAAUGGAAGCCAUGCCAUAAGGUCGAAGGUUGGAUCGCUUGUCCCGGCCACAAGACGAAGCAGUUUGGAGUUGCUGGUAUGGACUUUCUCAAGUGUGGCAAGUUAUCCAGUAACCAUGGCAAGCGUAAAUAUUCGCUCCCUCUGUGGAAGAACGCGAAGGGAAAGAGCGCAGGCUGCUUCAUGGAGCUCACCAACUGGCAGGAGAUAAUCAGUGGAGGCCAGUGCCUGCCGUGCAAAUGGGGGGCUCAGGUAGGGGGCGCACCUACCGAUGCUGUCCUGUCAUGGCUCCCCAUGCACGGCAGGACUGGCGCGCAGUACUCUGUUUGGGGACGCAGUGCCACCAACGCAGUUGUAGAUCCCGCCGUGGGCUGGAGACGCUGGGGGACCUUGUUGGGCCGCGCCGCCGUCGCUCCCGUCCGCCGCAUUCAGUGCUGGAUGAACGAUCACCCAAUCGCCACAUCGCUGAUUAAAGUGGGAUCUAUUAUUGCCAUCGGCGCGCUGACUGGUGGUGCAGGUGCCUUUGUUGCAGCAGUGGCCUGGGCUGGAGUCGCUAUCGCGUCAAAUACAUGGCAAACCGCGAAGGUGCUAUCGAAUCUUAACCCGGAGCUGGAAGGGUGGCGCAAAGCGGCCUGCAUCGCCAACGAGGGGCGUAAGUGGCUCUUUACGAUAGCCUUGGACGUUGCGACAUGCUUCAUCCCUUUGGCUGAAGCGGCAGGCACCAAUAUCCCUUGGCCUGAGGUGCACGAAGUGGUGAAGGAAUGGAUCGAAGGAAAUUCUGCCAUUGCCGUGUCAAUCAAGGAGGCGAUCAACGCGGCAGUUGCUGACACAGAGACCACGAUCGAGGCCAAGAUUGAGGCAUGGAUCACACGCAAAGUCCAAGAGAGCAAGGGCUGGUGGGCCAAAGUCAGCUGCACGGGCGUGGCAGACGCCAAGCCGUCAAACUGGGAUCCCAUAGGUCUGGAGUCCUUCCAGAUCAACGUCAACGACCCGGACAAGUACGCCAUCUCCGUGCGGGACCGGGCGGGUGGCCCGAAGCCCUGGGCGCCCCUCCCGUGCGGGAGAGUCGCCAUGGAGGGGCAGCCGCUCCAGUACUCCUGCAUGCAGAUGCGCUCGCUGAUCACCCGGGAGGAGACCGACAACAUGGACCUGUCCACCUCGACCGCCGAGCGCAUCGUCCCCGCCCCCAGGGGCGUGGUGGGCUUCGACGUCAACGGAGCCAAGCCCUGGCCCUACUCCGCGUACCCGGGCGACGACAACUACAUCGGCGACCGCCGCAUGGCCUCGGACCUCGACUGGGAGGAGAAUCAGGUGUGGCUGGACGGCCGGCCACGGCUCUCCCGGGAGGCUUUCCACAGGAUGGCGCAGGCCUACUACUAUCGAGCACUCAUGGAUACGUGGAACGCUUGA